AUGUGGAAUUUCGCGAUUUUUGCCGUUUUCGUUGGCCUCGUUGCCAUUGCUGACGCUGAUCGAUGCUCUUUGCCUCGAGACGUUGGCAAUAGCGCCUGUGGUGGAGCGGGAGCCCGGUCAUUUUUCUUCCACGCCGCUUCCAAAACCUGUCAGCCGUUCUAUUAUCAGGGUUGUGACGGCAACGAAAAUCGCUUCUCUUCGAAAGACGAAUGCGUUGCGGCGUGCAAGAAUGCGCAACCGACCGCAGCGGAUGCGCCGGCAGCCGCGGUUUGCGCUUCUGGAGCCUACGCAGCUGGUGCGACAACAGGAGAGACAGUGACAUGCAGCCAGUGUCCGAAUGGCUACACGUGCGAGAAUAAUGUGUGCUGUCCGACGAAAGAGUACACGUGCGCUCUCAACUACGACGCCGGCAAGUUUGGAAGCAAUGGCAAACAUACACCAAGAUAUUUCUACAGUCCUAACUAUAAGAACUGUAUGCUUUUCACGUAUUACGGCCGAGCAGGAAAUGCGAACAAUUUUGCGACGUAUAAUGAAUGCAAGAACAUGUGCAUGCAGUGA